GGCUGGUUGUGCGUGGAGUCGCUGUAGCGGAGCUGCGGGCUAACGAUGGGGAGCUAAAGGCAGUCCGGCGUCUUAUGAGCACAAAUCAAUGCGCUUCAUCUGCCGAGGAGCCGCUUCAGCCUCCAAUCCGACACGUGUGUGAGUUCACACAAGCGAGCGAUGUGGCCGGGAGCCCUCGGGGGACUUCUCCCGCUGCUCCUCUGGCUCUCCCCCUCCUCAGCUGGAGGGAGCGCCGGCAGCCCCGCGCCGAGCGCCGCUAAAAGUUUGGUGUGGGGUCUCGGCCUCGAGGCGGACGCCGUGCUGCCCGCCCGCUUCUUCUUCAUUCAGGCUGUGGACAAGUCCGGGAGAAACUUUACAUCUUCGCCAGGAGAGAACACGUUCGAGGUGAAGAUCACCUCUCCGUCAGAGCCCUUCUCCAGGAUCUGGGUGCAGGUUUUGGACCGUCGGGACGGGUCCUUCCUGGUACGGUACCGCAUGUACGCCAGCUACAAUGACCUGAACGUUCAAGUCCUGCUGAAGAACAAACAGGUGGCCAAAUCUCCAUACGUGCUCAAAGGUCCAGUGUACCAUGAGUCAUGUGACUGUCCAGAGUCCAGUGGUGCCCUAUGGGAGAAGCAUAUGCACUGUCCCUCUUCCUUCCCUCAGAUCCAGCGUGAUCUGUCCAUUUUCCCCAGAGUGGACCUGGAGCGCAAUGCUCACGAGAUCCCUCAGCGCUUCGGCCAGAGACAGAGCCUGUGCCACUACACCGUCAAAGACAAUCAGGUCUAUAUCAAAACAUAUGGAGAGCAUGUGGGCUUCAGGAUCUUCAUGGAUGCCUUUCUUCUCUCUCUCGCACGCAAAGUCAGGCUUCCAGAUAUUGAAUUCUUUGUGAAUUUGGGAGACUGGCCCCUGGAGAAGAAGCGGACGUCUGAGAAUCUCCACCCCAUCUUCUCCUGGUGUGGGUCCAAUGACACCCGAGACAUCGUCAUGCCAACCUACGACCUCACAGAGUCUGUACUGGAGACUAUGGGCAGAGUAAGUUUGGACAUGAUGUCAGUGCAAGGGAACACGGGUCUGCCCUGGGCUGAGAAGAACGGUACAGGUUUCUGGAGGGGCCGGGACAGCAGGAGAGAGCGCCUGGAGCUGGUGAAGCUGGCACGGGCCAACCCCACCCUGCUGGACGCUGCCUUCACCAACUUCUUCUUCUUCAAACACGACGAGAGCCUUUAUGGACCACUUGUCAAGCACGUGUCCUUCUUUGACUUCUUUAAGUAUAAAUACCAGAUAAACAUUGACGGCACUGUGGCAGCGUAUCGGCUGCCUUACCUGCUGGCCGGGGACAGCGUGGUGCUGAAGCAGGACUCGGUCUACUACGAACAUUUCUACAGCCAGCUCGAGCCCUGGGUCCACUACAUCCCUUUCAAGGCGGACCUCAGUGAUCUGCUGGAGAAGAUCCAGUGGGCCAAAGACCACGAUGAAGAGGCCAGGAAAAUCGCCCAGGCUGGCCAGCAGUUUGCCCGCACACACCUGAUGGGUGACCAGAUAUUCUGUUACUACUUCAAACUCUUCCAGGAGUACGCCAAGCUGCAGGUAACUGAGCCUAAAGUUCGUGAAGGCAUGGAGCUGGUGGAGCAGCCCGAGGAUGACCUUUUCCCCUGUUACUGCCAAAGAAAUACGGCAAGAGAUGAGCUUUGAUUGCCCUUUUGGGAGAUCGUAAAGGAGCCGCCUUCUUAUUCAGACGGAACUGAUUCAUAAAACAUUCCAGAGUGCGCAUCUUAUCAGCUUAUCGGUCCCGACAGGCGCCUUGUCUGAGCAUUUUUCUUUUUCUACUAUUUAUAAAAUGUGAUCUUUUUUUAAUCUUGAAAUUAAACAUACUCCAACCUAAAGUUA